CGCUCCAGUCGUGCACAAUUCAGCGGCAUGGCGUCCACAGGCAGCAAGAAAAGAGUUUGCUAUUACUACGAUGGUGAUGUAGGGAACUAUUAUUAUGGGCAAGGCCACCCAAUGAAACCUCAUCGCAUACGCAUGACGCACAACCUCAUCCUCAACUAUGGACUCUACAGAAAAAUGGAAAUCUAUAGACCCCACAAGGCUGUGAUGGAAGAAAUGACCAAAUACCAUAGCGACGAUUACAUCAAGUUCCUACGGACGAUUCGACCAGACAACAUGUCUGAAUAUACCAAACAAAUGCAGAGAUUCAACGUUGGUGAAGAUUGCCCUGUAUUUGAUGGUCUCUAUGAGUUUUGUCAGCUCUCUGGGGGUGGGUCCGUGGCCGGAGCAGUCAAACUCAACAAGCAACAGACAGACAUCGCCAUCAACUGGGCUGGGGGGCUCCAUCACGCCAAGAAGUCUGAGGCUUCGGGAUUCUGUUACGUUAAUGACAUUGUGCUAGCCAUUUUGGAACUGUUGAAAUAUCACCAACGUGUCCUGUACAUUGAUAUUGACAUCCAUCACGGUGAUGGUGUGGAAGAAGCGUUCUAUACCACAGACAGAGUUAUGACUGUAUCAUUCCACAAGUAUGGUGAAUACUUCCCUGGUACAGGGGACCUCAGGGACAUUGGUGCUGGGAAGGGUAAAUACUACGCCGUAAACUUUCCCUUGAGAGAUGGAAUCGACGACGAGUCUUACGAUCACAUCUUCAAACCAAUCAUGUCUAAAGUAAUGGAGAUGUACCAGCCUAGUGCUGUUGUUCUACAAUGCGGUGCAGACUCGCUCUCAGGGGACAGGCUGGGAUGUUUCAACCUCACACUCAAAGGUCACGCUAAGUGUGUUGAAUUCAUGAAACAAUACAAUCUGCCAUUGCUUCUUCUGGGCGGGGGUGGCUACACAAUCCGCAACGUUGCUCGCUGUUGGACCUAUGAGACAGCCACUGCCCUAGGGGUCGAAAUUGCAAAUGAGCUCCCGUAUAACGACUACUUUGAGUAUUUCGGACCAGAUUUCAAACUUCAUAUCAGCCCAUCAAACAUGACCAACCAGAACACUGGGGACUACCUCGACAAAAUCAAAACAAGGUUGUAUGAGAACAUGCGUAUGAUCCCACACGCCCCCGGCGUUCAGAUCCAGCCCAUGAUGGAGGACGCUCUCCACGACGACAGCGAUAACGACGAGGACGACCAGCCCGAUAAGCGCGUGUCCAUCAUGUCACGGGAUAAACGCAUCGCUUGCGACGAGGAGUUCUCCGAUAGUGAAGACGAAGGAGAAGGCGGACGUCGAGACAUCAGGACCCAUCGACGUAAGAAGGCUCGCCCUGAGCAAGACAUGCAAGCUAAGGACGCCGCUGAAAAAAGUGCAGAGGCUCGUAAAGAGAGAGAUGAAGCAGCCAGUAAAGAGAAGGCAGCUAGUACUGCUGCAGAGGCAGAACCUAUGGAGACUGCCAACACUGAUGCAGCUGCUAAAGGGGGUGAGGCUGAGAAACCGGUGCCCGACGCCCAGAAGUCCACAGAGAGUAAAGAAGACAAACCCGCUCCCGCUGCCAAACCAGAUCUGGCUGCCCCUAAGGAAGAUGCCCCCAGUGCGCCCGUUGCCCAAGCUGUUGUACUGCCCACAGCUCCUGCCCCAUCAACAGAAGAAAAGAUGGAGCAUUGAGAUAGAGGGAAACUGAAGACGUUGUCUUCAGGGUCCAAGUUCAUAAAGCCGUAAAGCAGAAAAUAUUGCUUGGCAAAUUUAUUUGCUGUGCUAAAAUUGAGCGGGGCACCAGUUGUAACAAUGUAAACUUUAUGGGACUGCGGAUGGUAACCAGUUUCUGUUGAGCGAGAUUUUCCUAUGCUUAGCAAGUUUUUAUGCUUACAGGCUUUGUGAAGUUGUCCCCGGGAUGUAAUUUUUAGUUUAUAUGGGAUAUGGAUUGCCUCUGAGAAGGUCACUUUGAUAGUAGAAGGUUCUUGACUACCGUCUCUUGAAAACAACCUGGGGUGGGGGUGGGGGGGGGGGGCGCUAGGUGCGGACUACAAUAGUUGUCCACCUCUCCCACAUGAUUACACUGUCAAUUUUUUUAGGUUUCUACCCGAUUUCAGGAUUUUCUCAAAAUCUCCUUGGGCUUUUAAAUAUUUUUGAAAGAAGCAUUUAGCAGUCACCAAAGGGAGCCAGAAAUAGACCACAUUGUGUCCAAACCCUGUAGCUUUGUAUGUCUGUAUUGUAAACCUUGUAAAAUCUGGGGAGUUCCCUAUCUACAAUAAAAAGAACCUAGGCUUGCAAGCCUUUUUUAAAGGAAUUUUUACAUCAGUCAAAUGUCCUCCGCAAACUGUGUUAUGAUUUGCUCGUUAUCGGUUUAACACAACAGUUUAAAGACCUAGAGUGAAUUCCUACACCAAAUUAUACACAGUAUUAAUUCUUUUGUAUCUGUUCUUUGAACCUGUUUAUUUUGUAUGGAAUUGUGGAGGACUUUCUCCUUAAGAGUGUGGUUUGGGGGGGGGGGUCCUGGGUCUGGCAGUGUUAACAUUUCUUUUGGAGAUGUACUAUAUUUACUAUUUAUGAACAUGUACAUGCAUUUUUAUGUUUUUUUCUUUUUCCGUGGAUAGAAAUGCAGUCGGUUGUUUAUUGUUAUGUAGCAUUGAAAGGAUUUGGGUACUUUUUGUAGUGCACAAAAACACAAUUUCCACAGAUUUACUUUAAACUUACAUUGAAGAUAA